AUGUCGAAUGAAACCUCAGCAUUGCCAGCAGACCCGAGCGAACCACAACAACCACAGCAAUCCAAAGAAGAUCAAGGGCCAGCUAUUCGUAUAGUUCCACAUAUUGACGGUCCUCGCUCUCUGCAUUUUGACAUCAUCGAGCGAGAAGUUCCUGAAGGUGUGCUGAUAAAAAUUGGUCGUUUUACGGACAAAACUCAAGCACCAAAUAGGGUUACAUUUAAGAGUAAAGUUGUGUCUAGAGGUCAUGCGGAAAUUUGGACUGAAGGCGGCAAGUUUUACAUCCGAGACACAAAAUCAUCCUCUGGCACUUUUCUAAACCAUGUUCGUCUAUCUCCCCCAAGCGCUGAAAGCAGACCUUUUGAAUUAAAUGAUGGGGAUGUUGUUCAACUUGGAGUCGAUUAUCAAGGUGGAACAGAAGCCAGGGCUCAAAAUCAAGCAUUUAAGAAACUAGGAUAUUUAGAGAAUACUCCUUUAAAGGAAUUGUGCAACAAAGUCAUGGAUAACCCUAUUGAUUGGGAACAAUUACUUGCUGAACAUGAGGAGGUAGCGAAAAAAGAAAAUGAUGAUCCCGACAUAAAUCAAAAUAUGGAUCAGGUAGUAGAUCAAUCUGAACAAUUAGAGCAUGAAAACGAGAUCCCAAAUGCGGGCCCGUCUUCGUCACUGUCAAAUAUCCCUCCACCAAAUUCUUCUGACUCAUCACCAUCUCAGGUGAAUGCCAAUGAAAUUGACGAACGACUUAAUUCGCUUAGUCUCGCUACUACUUCGGCUUUAACGUCGAAAAAAUCUUUUGCUGUACCGAUACCAAGAAAUGGUAAAAUAUCAAAUUCUUCUGAUGAUGGUGAUGAUCAAAACAUAACACUUAGUCGCACGUUACCGUCAAGUCCACCAAACUUACCAGUAACAAUUUAUAUCGAUGAAAACCAACAUCAAUCACUUCGUGAACAAGGUGGCGCGCAAAGGUUAGAUGAGAUCGUUGAAGAAGAUGAAAGUUCUGUGGGUUCAUCGAGUCCUGGUAAAAGUCAAAAUCCUACAACACCGCUUCAAGAAUCAAGGUGCGCGGCGUCAUAG